GGGAGGGGGCGGAAAAGAAGAGAGUCGCAUAGAGAAGAAGCCCACAGUCCGGCGCAGGCGCAGCUUGUCUUUGGUAUUGUUUUUUCCGCGCGCCAUGGCGUCGCGAGAGAUGAUUGGGCCUGCCUUGCCUCCGCAUUUCGUUUGCUCUGAGCUCGAGACGGACCCUGGCGGAGACGUCAGCGAGGUUGCAGGUCCGGCAUUGCCCCCUGGCUAUAACAGUAAUGCAGAAAGGCAUGGAUGUGAUCAGGAACACGCUUCUCAUGCUCAUGGAGAAACUGUUUGGGAUUCAGAAGAUGGUGAAGAUUCAAGUCCAACGCCUAGGAAACAGAGAAGAUAUCAGGAAGAAGAAGAAGGAUUCUUUGGGCCUGCUCUUCCACCUGGCUUUAAAAAACAAGAUGAAUCCCCGGAAAGACCUAUUAUAGGUCCUGCUUUGCCCCCUGGCUUUAAGAAACAAUCAGAGGAUGCUGAAGGAAGCAGAUUUCAUAUUGCCCCGGCUACAGAUAGUAGUGAGGAGGAUGAAGCUGUGAUUGGCCCAAUACCUGCCAAAGAACCAGUAGAAUCAAACAUAACUGCAGAGUUUGAAUAUCGAGCUCAAAGAAUGAAAGAGAAGCUUCUCGGUCAAGAUGAUGAUGGGUCCAGACAAGUCAAAAGAGAGUCUUGGAUGACAGAUCUCCCACCAGAACUUAAAAACUUUGGACUUGGUCCACGGACAUUCAGAAAAAGAGCUGAUGAAAAAUCAGGAGAUAGAUCAGUUUGGACUGAUACUCCAGCUGACAGAGAAAAGAAAGCCAGUGAACAGCAAGCUGCAAAAAAAUCUGUCAGUAAGGAUGAUACAGAAAUUCACCUGUCUGAAAGGGACAAGAGACUGAUAGAGCAGUUGUCUUCAUACAAUGAGUCUCAGAGAUCUGAAUCUCUUAUAGACAUGCAUCAGAAAAAGCUAAAGAACAAAGCUGCUGAAAAGAAUAAUAAACCACAGGAGAGAAGGCCGUUUGACCGUGACCAGGAUCUCAAAGUCCACCGAUUUGAUGAGGCACAAAAGAAAGCCCUGAUAAAGCGAUCUAGAGACUUGAACACUAGAUUUUCCCAUGGCAAAUGCAAUAUGUUUCUGUAAUAUAAAUGUGUGGUUGUGGGGAACUACAGUUUUGUGCUGUUAAAAAUCAAGGCAUGUUAUAUAAUAAAAAAUUGUUGUGUAUACAACAUAAGAAUAUAAAGCAGAUUUCCUUCAAGACAGCCUAUAAUUUCUUCAGGAUUCACAUGGAUUAAGUAGUGCAUGUGGUCUUAACAAAAUAGCCAAAAUCUAAAACUGUAAAAAAGAUAUGUGGUCAGUUCCCUCAAAGCAGUACUUUGAGGGAACUGACCACAUAUAGCAGAAUAGGCCUGUUAAUAGUCAAGUUUCAAAUAUUCAUAGUCUCUCUUCUUAAAUGGAUUUUAUGGAAAUAAAUCACUUCAGAUUCCUAGUCUGGGUAUAGAGCUUUUCAUAUUUAAGAUGAGAAACUGGUUGUGUAGAGAUAUUCCUAAACUCCAAAAGUUUGUGCUUGGUAAUGAGAGGGUCAGUUGUUAACAAUGUGAUAUUUGGUGAAAUCUAGUAAGUCAUAGCUAAAGUAGGCCCAUUGAACCAGUGGAACUUACAGAGGAGUUGACUCACCAAAUCCCUAUUGAUAGUGCGUCUAUUCUACUUAUGACUUGCUACUGGAUUUGAGCCAUUGACUCUUAAUUGUGAGAGGUUAUAAUUGUUCUACUUGUGUUUUUUUAUGUAGAGGCUGAGUGUAUGGGUAAAGCAUAUCCUCUCUACCACCAGCAUUGUUUCAGUUUACUGUACUUUACUGUGACCAUUCCAUUCUGGGAGUAUGUUUUUGGAAGGAGGCACACAGCCAUCAGUCAAUUGGACUGUAAUGUCAUAAGGCAGAUUUUGUUCCCAAGUUUCUCUUGUAAGCUCCAAUAGUAUUUCGAUUUUUUUUACUACAUAUGCAAAAAAGAUUUUGCCACAUAUAGUUUCUUCUUUCACUGUGGUGGUUGAACUUGCACCUUCCAAACUUGUUCCUAUUGGAGUCAAAGGUUCCUUUGCUAUAUGGGAAGUUAUGGCCCCAUAGGAAGGAGAAUGCUGUGAAGUAGAAUUUCUGUCCCACACAGUUGUCUUUAAAGACACAGGAGACCUAACAAACCUAAUAAUGCUGAGGCAGGAUAUGUAUUUGAGAUAAUGAAAAUCAUUACAUCUGUCUCAGAAAAAGUUGACAGAACAAUUGCAUCUAUAAAACUAUUGUCACAGCACAAUAAACUGGAAGGCAAAAUGGGAUGACAUUGUGAUAUUAAAGUUAUUUUUUAAUUAUGUUAGGAUUCAUUCCUAAUCUGGGGUUUCUUAAAGAACCUAGAAUCUCUUGUGACAUAAUGUAGGAUACUUCAUUACUUGCAUUGGGCAGGCUGCCCUUCUAACAACUACAGAAAUAGUGUCUGUCGAUAUUCAUUAAAAUAUUUAUUUGUGAUGUAUACAGAGUGUAAAUAAAAUACUGGAAAUGCUGUAUCCAGAA